CUCUCCCUGUGGGGCCCUUGGAAGGCCAACGAACGCUAGACCCCGGAGCCACCGGGCGGGAGCUGGAAGAUCAUGGCCCAGGCCCUAGAAGACGGGAACCCGCUGCCCAAAACCUCGAACAGUUCGGCCGAGUCGAAGGCGCCCAGCGACCCGCAGAUCAAGGACAACCAUUGCCUUGGCAGGUACAAGGGCCAAGCCAUCAGGGAUAGUGCCAACCUGUCCCAGGAGCGAAUCCACAGCGCCCUGACGGUGAGCGGGGAAAGCUGGGCGCGCCGGCGUGGGGAGUUGCGGGAGCUGCUGGGGCUGCAGGGGGCGGCUCCCGCCAGGUGCCUGUCAGAGGAGCACUUGGAGCCCACUGUGCCUGGGUCCCGCCGUUCAAGCGGACAGGGCAGCAGCCGAGUGUGCCUUGAGCCGCGGGAGCACGCGUGGAUUCUGGCGGCUGCCGAGUGCCGUUUUGAAGUGCUGCUGGAGAUGCUGGAGGCUGAGCCCAGCUUGCUGAUGCGGGAGGACCCGAUCACAGGCUACAGCGUCCUGCACUGGCUGGCCAAGCACGGGCGCCACGAGGAGCUCAUUCUGUUGCAUGAUUUUGCCAGGCGCCAGGGACUGCCAUUUGAUGUGAGCGCUCCUGGCAGCGGUGGCCUCACGCCACUCCACCUGGCGGCUCUGCAAGGCCAUGAUAUGGUCAUCAAGGUGCUGGUGGGAGCCCUGGGUGCUGACCCCUCCCGUCGAGAUCACAGUGGCAACCGACCUUGUCACUAUCUGCGGCCUGAUGCAUCUCUGAACCUCCGGGAGCUGUCCGGGGCAGAAGAGUGGGAGAUUGAACGCUACAGGGAGCUCGAAAACGCCAACAACAACAGCAGCCACACUACUACCACCACUCGGUGGCUGAAACGCACCCCAAGUGCAUCGCGCAUCAAGUCCACAGGAAUACACUACAAAGAGGCGUCUCAGCCGGUCAAUGAGAAGAAGGCAUCAGGCAACCAGGAAGGACAAGGCAAUGGCCUUCUGCGCUAUCUGUUCCCCUCCACCCAGAAUCGUUGAAGAUGACAUGGACUAGAGAGCUCAUUCUUAGGUUGUUCCUGACCCCACCCAAGUAGAUGCUCCUCUUAUGCAGCUUGGGAUUGCAGUGGGUACGCUGACCACAUCUGGGACCGUAGUCCUGUCCCAGGUCUCCUGUAGCUAGCUGACUGUCACAACCAUCAAUAGAGAACGAGACCAAAGAACCAGGCUGGCCCUGGUACCCAGCUCCAAUACUGUGGGACUUUGGACAUUUGGAACGAGGCUCGUGAUCCUCCUUGGAAGAGAAGGAGGGGGAAGUUAAGCUUCUAGUGGACUUUUCUGGGUAGAUUGAAAACAUUAAAAAAAAUUAAGACUGUAAACUAUAGAUGCAGAGCAAAUGCCUAAUACUUGCCGGCCUAUGUCUGCUGCUAAAAUAUCCCCAUGUGCUGAUAAAGUUAGCCUCUGGCAACCUGCUCCUGAGACUGGCCAGGCCUGAGCAGUCUCAUAGAGUCUAAUAUGUCAUGGAUGAGUUCUUAAGUACAUUAAAGGGGAUUCC